AUGUCACGAAGAUAUGAAUGGGGAUAUGGCCCUGCCAAUGGUCCUGACAUGUGGCCAGACUACUUUCCAUUUGCUAAAGGAGAACAUCAGUCUCCUAUUGAGCUUCAUACACGGUAUAUCAAGCAUGAUGGAAACCUGCGACCAUGGACCCACACUUAUCAUCCAUCAUCAUCUCUAACAAUUGUCAAUGAUGGUACCACUGUCAGGGUGGUGUUUGAUGACUCCUCAGACAAAUCAGUGAUAAAAGAUGGUCCUCUACGUGGAACCUACAGGCUUCGGCAACUGCAGUUUCAUUGGGGUUCUUCUGAUGACCAAGGAUCUGAACAUGUUAUAGAUGGCCUAAGAUAUGCUGGAGAGAUUCAUUUUGUGCACUGGAACUCAAAAUAUGACAAUAUUACAGAAGCCAAGAAAAACCCCGAUGGAGUGGCUAUAAUCUCAGUGUUCCUAAAGAUAGGAAAAGCUAAACCACACCUGAAACUGAUUUUAGAGGCGCUGGACUGUAUUAAGGCAAAGGGGAAGAAGGCUCAUUUCACAGACUUUGACCCUUCCAUUCUUUUUCCCACAUCCCAUGAGUACUGGACAUAUCAAGGGUCCUUCACAACCCCUCCAUGUGAGGAAUGUGUCACAUGGCUGCUUCUCAGAGAGCCAAUCACAGUCAGCCCAGAGCAGAUGGAGAAAUUUCGAAGCAUCUCGUGUAGUAUGGAAUGUGAGGUCCCUCUGAGGAUGAUGAACAACUAUCGCCCCACCCAACCGCUGAAUGGAAGAGAAGUCAGAGCAUCCUUUGAUUAA